UGAAAAUUAAUUAGUAGUUWAAAAAAAACUAAUACAAAAUGAAAACUAUAUUGAUUUUAUCGGUUUGCUAUUUGGCUGCUGCCAGUGCUUUCCGUUUUGAUAUCCCGGAGCUGCCGGUCAAUGCCAAUGGUACGAGUUGGGCAUUUUUGGCUGCCGGUGGUAACGGUUUCUCUCUAGACUGGGCUAUCCAGGCCGAUGUCUACCAUGCCUUUCAAAUAUUCAAAGCCCGUGGCGUACCCGAGGAAAACAUAAUUGUCAUGCAUUUGGACAAUCAGGCCACGAAAAAAUCUAACCCUAAACCGGGCACAGUUAUCAAUGUCCCGGGUGGUCCCGAUGUCUAUCAUGGUGUACCCAAACACUAUACCGGUCAGGAAGUUACUGCCAAAAACUUUUUAGCUGUACUACGUGGCGAUGAAACCCUAAAACAGCAGRGUAAAAAAGUAUUGGAAUCGGGACCCAAUGAUAAUGUAUUUGUCUAUUUUAUGGACCAUGGUGGCCAUCAGUUGGUUGCCUUUCCACAUGGCGGCUAUAUGUAUGCCAAAGAUUUGAUUGCCACACUCAAGGCUAUGCAUACCGAWAAAAAAUUCAAUAAAUUGGUAUUUUAUUUGGAAGCCUGCGAAUCGGGAUCCAUGUUCAAUACACUACUACCCCAAGAUAUCAACGURUAUGCCGUCACCUCAUCCCAACCCACCCAAAACAGCUGGGCCUGGGGUUACGAUAAAACCUAUAAAGAAUAUACCGCCGGUUAUUUUGCCUCACAAUGGCUUAAAAAUACUGAAUCAAAGAAAACCGAGUCAUUGGACGAUCAGUUUACUUAUAUUAAGACCGAAACAGCUAAAGACUACUCUGACCCGCAAUCUGGCCAGAAAUGGCAUCAAAAUGCCGAACAAUACGGCGAUCUGACCGUUGCUAAGGCCGAUAUUGGCCAGUAUGAGGGACCCAAAGAGUUCAAGUCGGCUGUUAACAGUGAUGAGCACCAGGAGAUUGUCAGCUUCCGUGACGUACCGGUAGCUAUGGCUCAGAAAGCUAUUGUCCAAUCCGUGACCAAUGAAGACAAACUCCAAGCUGUCGAACAAUUGGAACAGAUUCUGAUCGGUCGUCAGUUGGUUGACAAACAUUUUGAACAGUUAGCUACCGAUUUGGAACAGUUGACUGGUCUGGACAGUCAACUAUUGGUUAACCAACGCCAGGAGUUGCUCAGUGAAGGUUCGGGUGAUUGUUAUCAACAGUUUGUCGACACUUUCCACUCAAAGUGUUUCAAUAUUAACGAGAAUCCAUACGUUUUGGGCAAACUUAACGUAUUUGUCAAUAUCUGUGAACACUUGACGGCCAGACAACAGRCCAUUGCAUUGAACCAAUUGGUCGGUCAAUGCGAGACCACUAAUAUUGUCGGCAAACCCGAGCAUAUCAUCUAAAAUAGUUAAUAAAAUAAAUAACUAAUUGUAUAUAUACUGUAUAUUCAUAUAUAUAUAU